CUGUCAAGUUGCAGUGUCUUAAUAACAUUAGUUACUCAGUUUCUUAUUUUUUAUCCUCUUUUUUCUCCAUGAUUUGAUUACUAUUAAGUAUUCUAUUAAGUAUUUUUACAGUCUGGAGAAAAGAUGACUUCCCAAAAAGAUGUCCUGAGAAAAAAUCUGAAGCUAGUCCAUGGCUGUCCCAUCACCUAUGCUUUUGCAAACAACUGGGAAAAGAUUGAACAGUUCCAAAGCAGGCCAGAUGACAUCGUGAUAGCCACUUACCCCAAAUCAGGUACCACUUGGAUUAGUGAAAUUUUGGACAUGGUUCUAAAUGAUGGAGAUGUUGAAAACUGUAAGCGAGAUGUUAUAACUGUGAAAGUUCCAAUGCUGGAAAUGGCUCUUCCUGGACUAAGGACUUCAGGUAUAGAACAAUUAGAGAAGAAUCCAUCACCCCGGCUUGUGAAGACACAUCUACCAAUUGAUCUCAUUCCUAAGUCUUUCUGGGAAAACAACUGCAAGAUGAUUUAUCUGGCUCGAAAUGCCAAGGAUGUUGCAGUCUCAUUUUACCAUUUUGACUUAAUGAAUAAUUUACAACCUCUUCCGGGAACCUGGGGAGAAUAUCUAGAGAAAUUCUUGACUGGAAAUGUGGCCUUUGGCUCCUGGUUUAAUCAUGUUAAAAGCUGGUGGAAGAAAAAGGAAGAACACCCAAUACUUUUCUUAUUCUAUGAAGAUAUGAAAGAGAAUCCAAAGAAAGAAAUCAAGAAGAUUGUUAGAUUUCUAGAGAAGAACCUGAAUGAUGAGAUCUUGGAUAAGAUCAUCCAUCAUACCUCCUUUGAAAUGAUGAAGGACAACCCUCUGGUGAAUUAUACACAUCUACCAAGUACAGUGAUGGAUCACAGUAAAUCCUCUUUUAUGCGCAAAGGGAUUGUAGGUGACUGGAAGCAUUACUUCACUGUCGCCCAAAAUGAGAAAUUUGAUGCCAUUUAUAAGAAGGAAAUGUCUGAAACUGAACUUCAUUUCCGCACAGAGAUUUAAAGAGCCUAAACUGAAAAUCUGAAGAGAGAAGUCUGACCUGCAGUUCGUUGAAACAGGGGCAGUUAUGACUUGAUUUGGGCAAUCGAAUGGUUUUA